AUGCUACUUACUCCAGGGAUAAACCACAAUCUGGUGGAAGGUGACGUCGCUCUUUCAAAGAAGAGGAAUGCCAUGAAAUGCUGGAGCAGCUCCUGCAAAUGGAAAACGUCCUCCAAUGGACGGGUUGAAGUGCCCUACAGCCUCAGUGAUUACUUUUCAUUGGCAUCGAUGGAGGGAAGCAGGUGCUUUCUCUGUCUGGAUCAUGGGAUCAUUCAGCAUGAGCUCCUCCAUGCACUUGGCUUCCAUCAUGAGCACAUGAGGAGUGACAGGGACCGGUAUGUGUGGAUUAACUGGGAGAACAUCCCAGCAGUAAGUGCUCACAACUUCCACAAAAAGGACACCAACAACUUGAACAUGCCCUAUGACUACUCUUCUGUCAUGCACUAUGGAAGGACUGCCUUCGCUUCAGUGUAUGGAGCAGAUACCAUUACUCCCAUUCCAGUUUCCUCCGUGCUGACUGGACAGAGGGAUGAGAUGUCUGAUAUUGAUAUAUUCAGGGUCAAUAAGUUGUACAAUUGCAACAUUUGAGAGGAAAUGAAGACAACUGCCUUUAGAAGAUACCAUAUCUCCAGAACCCACUGAGUGACAAUGUCAGUCAUCAUAUUACUGUUUCCUUCAUGUACAGAUCCUGCCACUUUAAUAAAAAAAAAAAAAUGAUGCGUCCA